GGUCAGUGGAAGUGUGUCUGCUUCUACCUGUGUGGGAGAAAGACCACAUCCCUGCUCAUCACCGUCCCUCCUUCAUUCACGCCUGCAUUGACAAAUAAUGGCCAUAAUUAUCUCACACAUUGACGUGGAUCAUCAAUGCAUUAAGUAAGAGGCUUUUUUGGAGAAGUGCUUUACCCCAAAUUGAAGAGAGGCUCCUGCAUUCGAGGUCUCUCUCGAUCCUCUGCACUCCUGCCCAGCGACCCAUGCCAAGAGGCAGACUCGCAGUCACACUCAUGUCCUCGGCCAUCGCCCCCGUUAAACCCUCCAGCACCGCGGGCCCCAAGGAGGUGGAGCUGAUCCUGGUGAAGGAGCAGAAUGGAGUUCAGUUCACCUCCUCCACCCUGGUCAGUCCCAGCGGUCAGACUCACCCGUCAGGGGAGGAGAGGGAAACCUGGGGAAAAAAGAUUGACUUCCUCUUGUCAGUUAUUGGCUUUGCUGUGGAUCUCGCCAAUGUCUGGAGGUUCCCCUACCUGUGCUACAAAAACGGAGGAGGUGCUUUCCUGGUGCCGUACCUCUUCUUCAUGGUGAUUGCUGGGAUGCCGCUGUUCUAUAUGGAGUUAGCGCUCGGCCAGUACAACCGUGAAGGAGCAGCAGGAGUCUGGAAGAUCUGUCCUAUCUUUAAAGGUGUGGGCUUCACGGUAAUCCUGAUCUCCCUGUAUGUGGGAUUCUACUAUAACGUCAUCAUCGCCUGGGCUCUGUUCUACCUGUUCUCAUCGUUCACCAGUGAACUGCCCUGGAUCCACUGCAACAACACCUGGAAUAGUCCCAACUGCUCUGACCUCAACGAUACUCUGCUCAACGACACGCAUAAGGCAACGCCGGCGCUCGAGUACUUUGAGCGAGGCGUGCUGCACCUUCAUGAGAGUACUGGGAUAGAUGACCUGGGUUUGCCCCGCUGGCAGCUCACUGCUUGCCUGGCCGUGGUCAUUGUGGUCCUCUACUUCAGUCUGUGGAAGGGAGUCAAGACAUCAGGAAAGGUGGUGUGGAUCACAGCCACAAUGCCAUAUGUUGUCCUCACUGUCCUGCUCCUGCGUGGAGUCACACUGCCUGGAGCCAUGGAUGGCAUUAAAGCUUACCUGAGUGUGGACUUCCUGCGGUUGUGUGAUGCUCAGGUCUGGAUCGAGGCAGCCACGCAGAUCUGUUUUUCUCUGGGAGUGGGGUUUGGUGUGCUAAUCGCCUUCUCCAGCUACAACAAAUUCAGCAACAACUGUUAUAGAGACGCCAUCAUAACCAGCUCUAUAAACUCUCUGACCAGCUUCUUCUCUGGGUUUGUCAUAUUCUCCUUCUUGGGUUACAUGUCACAGAAGCACAACGUCGCUCUAGAUAAAGUCGCCACAGAUGGUCCUGGUCUGGUGUUCAUAAUUUACCCAGAAGCCAUUGCUACACUACCAGGUUCAUCAGUGUGGGCUGUAAUCUUCUUCAUCAUGCUGCUCACUUUAGGAAUCGACAGUGCUAUGGGAGGGAUGGAGUCGGUGAUCACGGGACUCAUCGACGAAUUCAAAUGCCUGCACAAACAUCGAGAGCUCUUUACGCUCUUCAUCGUAGUUUCCACGUUCCUCAUCUCUCUCAUCUGUGUCACAAACGGUGGCAUCUAUGUGUUUACCCUGUUGGACCACUUUGCCGCCGGGACAUCGAUUCUGUUUGGAGUGUUGAUUGAGGCCAUCGGCAUCGCCUGGUUCUACGGUGUGGAUCGCUUCAGUGAUGAUAUCGAGGAGAUGAUAGGACAGAGACCUGGCCUCUACUGGAGACUGUGCUGGAAGUUUGUUAGCCCGUGUUUCCUCUUGUUCAUGGUUGUUAUCAGCUUUGCGACGUUCAACCCUCCCAAGUACGGUUCCUAUUAUUUCCCCACAUGGGCUACGAUGGUGGGUUGGUGUCUGUCCAUAUCGUCUAUGAUCAUGGUGCCUCUCUACGCCAUUUAUAAGUUCUGUUCUCUGCCGGGAAGCUUUUGUGAUAAACUGGCGUAUGCCAUCACUCCAGAGACUGAACAUCACUUGGUGGAGCGUGGGGAGGUCCGGCAGUUCACGCUUCAACACUGGCUGGUGGUUUAAGCGGCGCUCUACAUGGAGGUUACGAAGGCACCGGAGGACUCGGCUUGACAAGAGCCAUGCGUGUCAGUGCCAACAGAAGCGUAUUACUAGUUGUUUCUUUCUCGCAUAAUCGGAUGUGGCUGUUUCGUGACUUCGAUCACAAUGUGGUUGACAUUCUGUCAGUAUCAAGUUUUACUCUUCACUAUACGAUGACUGUUAUGAUAUCUGAUGUUGUCCCCACUGAAUUAUAUUGUUCAUUUAUUUCUUCUUUUUUUGUGAUCAGAGUACAACUGAGCCUUAUUGAUAAUUGUGAUUGAAGUGUCAAAAACUGUACAAAAUACAUCUUUAGCAACACUUAAAUUUAGAAAAGUGUAAAUAGUGCUACUGAAAAAAUAAAUCUAUCCUCUUUGUGUCUAAGAAA